UGGGAGUGCGUAAUUGCCGUUCAAAUGCCGUUCAAUGUAUAUUUUCUGAAAUUCUGCUCUCACAAGCAUAGAGUAACUUAUAUAUACUGCUCACAAGUCUCACAGUCCGUGAUGUUGGCUGAACGAUAACUGAACUGAAUGUAUAUUUCAUUUUGUUGAUACUUAUUUUCUACUUCUAACUGAGUCUAGCAAAGCCCCGAGGGGCUGCCUAUUGUUUAAUCAUAUUUAUAGUGUUGUAAAUUCGUCUUGUUGUGGUAUUAUUUUGAGUCCGUUGGAGUAUUCUUGCGCACCGCUCGGGUAACGUGAUGGACGUGAUGCAUGCGUGUCGCUGCUGCCUGCGGUGUGCUCCGGACAAGGACCUGACGACGCCGUACACACAUCUCGGCAAAACGGAGAUAUAUGCCGACAUGAUCAGAGAGAGCUUCGAUAUACAUCUGGUAGUCGGUGGCUCGGGCUCGUGCGGCAUCUGCUCUGCGUGCGUGGGCCGCCUGCGGGACGCGAGCGACUUCAAACUGCAAGUGCAGCGCAGCCAGGCGGAGCUGCAAGCGUGGCUGCAUGGAGCGAGCGUCAAAGAUGAAGAGCUCAUAAUCAAGCCAGAAAUAGUGGACGAAGAGGAGGCAAGGGAUGAAAUAUCGCUGGAGGUGCGGGCAGUCAAGUCGGAGCUGUCGGACGAGGCAAGUGACGAGGACUGCGUGUCGGUGUAUUCGGACGGCAGCGCCGCCCGCGCCAGGGAACAGCUCGCGAUGGCUUGUUCCGUGGUGGUCGAGCGCCUCCGCGACGACGCGACUGCUCACAGUGAAGGGAAACCAUAUGGCUGCGAACACUGUGGCAAGCAUUUCAGGCACAAGUAUAUUUUACAAAAACACAUUCAACACACGCAUUCAUUGAUCGGACAAAAACCAUUUGCCUGUGAUUUUUGUAGUUCUACGUUUCAAACCGAAUUUCUUGUGAUAGAACAUGAGAAAAGCGAACAUGGUGUUACAAAUUUCAUGUGUACUGAAUGUGAGUAUACAACAAGUUCCAAGAAAAGUUUGGAGACUCACUUAAAGAGUCACUCUUUUGAGAAUAAUUUUAAUUGUAGUCACUGUAGUUACACAAGUUCGCGUAAAAGUGAUUUACACAAACACCAAACAAUACACAUUGCUGAAAAUCCCAUUAAGUGUAGCGACUGUGAUUUCAAAUGCAAUGUUGAAUCAAACCUGCUACGUCACCAGAAGACGCACAACCGGAGGCAUCAAAGAAUACUCACUGGAAAACACCGUUACAAAUGUAGUCAUUGCGACUACAAGUGCAGUACUAGUUAUAUAUUACGAAGACACGAAAGGACACAUACUGGCGAGAAGCCUUUUACGUGCAGCUACUGUGAUUACAAAUGCAGUUGGAAGUCAACCUUACAAAGACACCUGAUUAUACAUACUGGGGCGGAGCCAUUUCAGUGUAGCAACUGUGAUUACAAAUGCAGUAAGAAGUCAGACUUACAAAGACACCUGAUUAUACAUACUGGGGCGAAGCCAUUUCAGUGUAGCCACUGUGAUUACAAAUGCAGUAAGAAGUCAGACUUACAAAGACACCUGAUUAUACAUACUGGGGCGAAGCCAUUUCAGUGUAGCCACUGUGAUUACAAAUGCAGUAAGAAGUCAGACUUACAAAGACACCUGAUUAUACAUACUGGGGCGAAGCCAUUUCAGUGUAACCACUGUGAUUACAAAUGCAGUCAGAAGUCACACUUACAACAACACCAAAGGAUUCACACUAGAGAAAAGCCUUACAAAUGUAGUUAUUGCGACUACAAGUGCAGUCAGAGCUCAACCUUACGACAUCAUGAAAGGACACAUACUGGCCAUAAGCCUUUUCAGUGUAGCCACUGUGAUUACAAAUGCAGUAAGAGCUCAAACUUACAACAACACCUGCUGACACAUACUGGGGCGAAGCCAUUGAAAUGUGGCGAUUGCGACUACAAAUGCAGAUGGAAAUUAUGUUUAAAACUACACCAGACGAAGCAUACUAUGGCGAAACCAUAACAAUG